AUGGCAAUGAAAGCCGUAACGCUGUCCCGUAGGACAAGGCCCCCCAAGCCCUCUGUUUCUGGGGUUGACAUCCAGACCAAAGCUAGCGAAGUGGUCUCUUGCGCUGAGAAUGGAGAACCCGAAGCUUCAGGGGCUGGCAACGACAGCCUCAAUGGCAACGACAGCCUCAAUGGCAACGACAGCAGCAGUGGCAAUGGCAGAAUUAGUAGAUGCAGCAGUGGCGCCCACAGCAAGAGGACGGCGGACUUCCCGCAGCCUGUGCGAGCGACAACAGCGGCAGCGACAGUGGCGAAAGCAACAGAGCCCGAAGCAGAAGCAGCUUCGGACACACCAGCUGUGGCGGAAGCAGCAGCAUCUGCAUCAUCCGUGACACCAAAAGCGGCGCAGUUGGAAGCGGCAGGUUCUGGACCAGCAACUUUAAUGGCAGCAGCAACAGCAUUUCAGGCACCAGACUGGUCUAGAACACCUGGUCACGUUGGGAAAGCAGCAAAUAUACCGGUGGAGGAACUACAGCGUUUGUACGGAGCAGAUGACAGGGACGAUGCCAAAGACUACACAUACCCGCUUAGGGUUAUUCUGAACUGCAAAGGGCUUCACUCGGAGUUUCACCCGGAGAGCGGGCUUGCAACUGGGCUGACCAGCAAGAUCUUCCAGCACUACGUGCUCAAGCAGCGGAUCGGCGCGGGUUCUUGGGGCGAAGUCACGCCACAUGCCGUGGCAAUGGCUCGCGAGGAGGUAGCACUAAUGCGCGAAAUAGAUCACCCAAACAUCGUGAAGGUCUUCGAAUGCUUUGACGACACAGCUUACUUCUUUGUGGUGAUGGAGCUAUGCCGCGGGGGGGAGCUGUUCGACGAGCUGGCUAAGAGCGCACCGUGUUCGGGCCGCUGUUGCCUUUCGGGUUCCUGUGUGCAUCCGCGCUUUUCUAGGCAAGAAGCAGCCCUGAUCAUGUACCAGGUGCUUGCCGCUGCACACUGCUGUCAUCAACAUGGAAUCUGCCACAGAGACAUAAAGCCAGAAAACUUCUUGCUAGCUGAGCCGGGUAGUUUGACGCUUAAGUUGACGGAUUUUGGUUUGGCGAGGCGAUUUUGUCGCCGCCCAAGUGCCCCCCGAAGGGAGUCUCUUAUGGAUCUCGUCGAGGCAGCAGUGGCUGCAGGCGUUGCUGCUUCCUCUCCUGCUGCACCCCUUGCUUCACCGUGCUGUCCGCGUGAUUCUGUGUCCGCGCCUAGCAGUGCUUUAAACGAAUUACAUCGCCAAAGUGAAAAGCUCACGGGCUUGGAUGAGAAUUGCCAGCAGCAGCAGCAGCAGCAGCGUCAGCAGGAACAGCAGCAGCGAGAACAGCAACAGCAGGAACAGGAGGACGGGAAGAGGUUGCUGCACUCCAUCGCUGGGACUGUUUGUUUUGCAGCUCCUGAGGUUCUGCGGCUGUCAGCAGACUUAGUAGAGAAGACUAAUGCUAUAAAGUUGCAGCAGCAGAAGCAGCGACAGCAUGAAGAAGAGGAUGGGUCUUUCCAGCAGGAGUCCCAGGAGCAGCAGCAGCGACAGGGUUCGCAGAAACAGCAGGAGCAGCAGGAUCGCCUGCAACCUCUGGGAUAUGAUGGAGAGCGGGCGGACGCUUGGAGUUGUGGCGUCAUGCUCUAUCUUCUUCUGUGUGGGGAGCUGCCCUUUGACGGCCCAGACGAUGCAACUGUUGCCUACAAUGUACUGCACGGGGAGCUGAAGUUCACGCAUCCUGUGUGGAAAGAGGUUUCUGCAGAAACGCUGGAGCUUGUUGUUGCGCUCUUGGAGCCUGACCCUGCCUGGAGAUUACUUGUGGGCGAAGCCCUUGGCAGCAGUUUCUUCAGCAGCUUAUUGCCGCUCCACCUGCCGAUCCCAGCAGCGGCAGCAGCCAAUGCAUUAGUCCCCACGUCGAUUUCGGGCACUUGGAGCAGCAGAAGGUUGUCACCACUUCGCUGCGUCUCCUCUCUCGCUGCCUGCAAUGCCGCCGACACGCGCCGCUGCCGCUGCAUUUCAAUGCCGCAUCUGUCGCCGCUCACUUGUUCUGCGGCUGGACCAGCAGCUUCUUCAUCAGCAGCGGCUGCAGCAGCUGCUGCUGCAAUCGCUGCGGGAUUGGCGGUGUCGCCUGCUGCUGCUUCUUCGUGCUGCAGCGGCUCUAAGCCGAUUGCGGGAGGUCAAACAUCCCCUAGCGGGCGCGGAAGUGUCUCUUGCCAGGGCACUGCAGCUCCGGCUUCUCCAGACUCCUUUUUAACAGCAACAGUCGCAGACGGAACGCCAAAAGAAGCAGAAAUCGCCGCGGCAACAGAAGAUGAGAAGUGCCAGGAAGAAUGCUCAGGGAGUCGUUCUUUGGCAGCCUCUGCAACGGCACGGCUGCUAGGGCAGCGCAUUGCCGGUCUCUGCCGACUCAUCGAGACUUGCGCUGCUGUUGCUGCAGCCUCGACAGCAGAAGAGGUCACUAAAUGUAUUUCUUCUCUCCCCUUUGGUCGCGGCUUGUCAGGCGUCCCUAAGUGGCCUUGGGAAGGUACAGAUGCUUUGCCAGAUAUGGCCGCUGUUGAGAAAAGGACGGAUGAGGAAGUCCACAAGCGAGAAGAAGGGGAGUCAGAGCAGCAGCAGCAACCGGCAACUGUCGGAUCCCGCCCACGUUUGAAAUUUCUGGAAGACAGCAGCUGCUUCUUGUGUUGGUGUUCCAAUACGACAGCGAGAAACUAUGGCAGUAUCAGCAAUAGCAGUAGCUGCAGCGGUGACAGCAGCAGCAAUUCCAACUGCAAUGACUACGCUGGAGGAGCUCUGUCUUGUUCAAGAGACAGGCUUAGUACACAUAGUUGGUCAUGUGCUACUGGAUGUCUCUCACACCCCGGAGGAAACUGCUGCAUAUCGAAAGGCAGCUGCGGCUGCAGCCGAAGGAGACUUGGAAGCAGUAGUACCAACAGUAGCAGCUACCGCAACUGGGACUCCUGCAGCAGCAACCCUUGUGAAGCGAGCAGCCCGCCGCUAUCGCUGCGCCGGAAGCGAUAUAAGGCCAAAACUCGGAGUCUUCUACAGUCUCUAGGCGUGCCUACUGGCAUGCUGCAGCGAAGGGACAGCAGCAGCAGCUGUUGCAGCCGGUUCAGCAGCAGGAGAGGCAGCAGCAUGCCCAUAGAGAUGGCCCCCCUUGGCACGGUUGGCGAUAUUUGGGUUCAUCAGGGUCCCCAGAUACCGUCUCCGCACCCUGUAGUGUGUUCCCCCUUCGAUGCCAUUGGCUCAACGACCGCCACUGCAGCUGUUGGAGUAGCUCCAACCACGCCAGCGGCCUUGGCGGGCGCGACGGCUGCUGCAGCUACGUUGGCUAUGCAGGAGGCCGCAGCAGCUGGCAGGGGAACCACCGUGCUGCGCGAAGAAGGAUCAACGCUGCCGCCACUCCAGCAAGUGCCACCGCAGCGGCCGGUGCAGCCACUACAGCAGCAACUGCAGCAGCAGCUGCAGCAGGACGUGCAAGCGUCACUGGGGGACUUAUGUAAUGCGGAAGCUCCUAGAGAACGCGAGCCGCACCUGCACAUCCCGCGCCGUGUGGCUUUUGCCCUGCAGUGGCUGCAGACUUUAACAGCGGCGAGCGUCCCAAACAACAAUAACAGCAGCGACAAUUUUGCAGCCCUUGCUGGCGUGGGCUGCUUAGCUUCAAUAUGGGCUGGAAGCCAGCAAAUAGAGCAACAGCAGGAGCCCCUGAGUUACGUCUGUACCCUCGGACAGCAGGAGCUUCAUUUACUGCACUACACAGCGGCAGCAGAAGAGUUGCUGCGGCGGCUGCGAGCGGCUACCCAGGGUCCGUUGCUGCGGCGGCAGGCAUUGCUGGCUUUGGCCGUUGCUGUCAGGGGUAGCGCCCCGCCGUCUCCAAGCCCCAGUGUCGGGCAGCAGCUACUCCACCUUCCGCAUACAUGUGGAGAUCCUUCUUACAAUCGAUAUAACAAUAGCAGCACUCCCAGCUGCAGCAGUAGUAGAGCAGACUUUGCUGCCGCUACAGCAGGCGUAGACUGGGUUUGCUGCUCAUGCAAAGGAGCAAGGCCGCUUCCGUCGUGCUGCUGCAUCUGCCACUCCGCAUCAAACCCAAGACAUAUUCCGGGGUGCAACAGCCAGCAGGCGCUCUUGGUGUUGCAGACGGCAAGCACUAGCAGUACUGGAACCAGCAGCAACCACGCUGCUGGGAGCGGCCAGACCCAUUCUUCCAGUGUUAGUGACAUCCGCAGCCAGCAGCAGCAGCAUGGGGGGGACAGCUACACCUGCCCUGUUCGCUGCUUGAAGUCGAGCCCAUGCAUAUCCGAGCUACACAGCAACAGCAGCAGCAGCGGGAGGUUGCGCGGUUCCCGUAACGAAGCUGGCGAGGAGCUGCUGCGGGAGCGACGCCUGCUGCAACUGCUAUUUCUGUCAUUUGAUCAAGACGGAGAUGGUCUGUUGUCUUAUCGCGAUUUUGCAGAUGGCAUGUUAUCACUUCUGCUGCUCGCAGCAAUUCUGGGGCAACUGAGUCUCCAAGCUGAGGAAGACACAGCCCAGGACAAGGCUGCAGCUGCGCUUGGCGUGGGAGCCCCUCCACAGCAACAGGGUCAGCAAGAGAGGCAGCAGCAGCAUUCACAGCGGCAAGAUACACAGCAGCAAGGAGAGGAGCAGCAGCAGACAGUAGAGGCAGUGCAACAACAGCAGCAAGAGUUGCAGCUGCAGGAUGAAGAUGCAUGGGUGUCCUGGGUGUCACGCUGGCUGCUUCUUCACUUCGAGCUGCUUUUGCUUGGAGCCGAGAUCGACGGAGAUGGCAGCGGGGCGAUCGAACUCUCAGAGUUUCUCGCCGCAACUUUAGAUUCAUCUCUUUUGGCUUCCCAGCCUUCUCUCCGCAAGGCAGCGUUCCGAAUGUUGGACCGCUCAGGGGAUGGGGUUUUGGGGCUUAGUGACCUGAAAGCUUGCAUCAAGGAAACAAGCCUCAGCCACGAGGACCCUGAGGCGUUAGAUGUGCAGCUACGCGCGAUUCUCCGCGCUGGAGAUAUUGACGGAGACGGGCGUGUGACUCUUCAAGUGAGCGCCGGAGAUGAGGCUGGGUUUGCUUGA